GUUGUCGUCUGUGAAUGGAGAUGCAGUGCACACUAGUAAGUGUGAAUGGAGCUCGGGUGGAGCUGGCAGAUGGUCGAGCUUUAAUGUUAGGUCGAGGACCUGAAACCAGAAUUACAGACAAGAAGUGCUCAAGGCAUCAGGUCAAACUCGUGGCCAAUUAUGCCAAACAGGAAGUUCUGGUUACACAGCUUGGGCCCAACCCUUCUUCCCUGGACAGUCAGUGUUUGGGACGUGGCGAGGCUGGAUGUUUGACAACUGGUUGCACACUGUACCUGGUCAAUCAGUCCCACCCAUUUACUGUGGAAUUUGUUGGAAAUUCAAAUGAAAAGUCUUCCUCUCCUCAGAAGAAAGGAAAAGCUGCAAAUGAAAGCAGAGACAGACAGAAAAGCUCAAAUGAUGAGCCAGGCCCCAAAAGGAGCAUCCAGGAUUAUUUUUCUAAAUCCCCUAAAAAGGCGACAAAACGACCUCACAGCCCAGAGGAUGACGUUCCUCCCAUGAAGCGAGGGCGUGAUGGUGAUUGUGAUGAAGAAGAUGAGGACAUUGCAGCUGAGGAAAAGCUUAAGCAGUUACAAGCACUUGCACAGAAAGAGAGUGAUAACAAGCUAGACUCCCCAUCAGUCAAAGCCACUGCUCCAUCUUCCACUUGCUCUCAAAGUCACUGGCAGCAAAUCGGCAGCCUUCUGCUGUUCACUGCGGCAGGGGUUCCAGAUUGCUCCAAAAUUGCAGGGUUUGACAUUGAUGGCUGCAUUAUCACUACAAAGUCUGGGAAAGUAUUUCCAACAAGUCCAGAUGACUGGAGGAUUCUCUUCCCAGAGAUUCAGCCAAGACUGGCCAGUCUUUUGAAGAAAGGAUACAAGGUGGUGUUUUUCACCAACCAGAUGGGUAUUUCUAGAGGUAAACUCAGACCGGAGGUGUUCAAGUCAAAAGUUGAGGAUAUUCUACAGACACUGCAGUUGCCCAUCCAGGUAUUUGCUUCCACAGCCCCUGGUAUAUACAGGAAGCCUGUUAUGGGGAUGUGGGAACAUCUGUGUGAGAAGGCGAAUGGAGGAGUGGCUGUAGAUGUGUCACAGAGCUUCUAUGUAGGAGAUGCAGCAGGACGUCCUGCUAACUGGGCACCAGGAAAAAAGAAGAAAGACUUCUCCUGUAGUGACAGACUGUUUGCCCUCAACAUUGGUCUUCAGUUUCACACACCAGAGGAAUAUUUCUUGGGCUGGAAACCCGCUCAGUUCAGCUUGCCAGAAUUUGAUCCUAGGAAAUUAGAUUCUAAAAGACAUCUUUACGAUCCUCCAGAUGCCUCCCUCACAUCCACCAAGCAGGAAGUCAUUGUAGCAGUGGGAUUUCCGGGAUCGGGCAAAUCAACGUUCUUCCAGACACACAUCAUUCCAAAGGGCUACACGUAUGUGAACAGGGACAUACUUGGCUCCUGGCAGCAGUGUGUUACAGCCUGUGAACGCGCUCUAAAGGAAGGGCGAAGCGUUGCAGUGGACAACACUAACCCUGACCCCGAGUCUAGAAAAAGAUAUAUAGAUGUCAGUCAAAGUGCUGGAGUUCCCUUCACAGCGAGUCUGGAACAAGCAAAGCAUAACAACAGGUUUCGUGAGAUGGUUCCUUCUGCCAUCAAGCAUGUUCAUGUCAAUGACAUGGUGAUUCACAGCUACAAGAAAAAGUUUGUGGCACCCGGUUUGUCUGAGGGCUUCUCUGAAAUCCUGCAGAUUCAUUUUGUGCCGAAUUUCAGUGAAAAAAGAUCAGAGUUCCUCUUCAGGCAGUUCUCUGAGGGCUAAGCAUGAAGUUGAGUGAAAAAUGAAGAAAGAAAAAAGGCCUACCGACUUAAGUCGGCAAUUCAUUUAGUCGUUUUGCCUUGCAAUAAGUGCAAGUCAGAAGAAUUCUAGAACUUUGACAAUAGAACACUAAUUUAUAUAAUAUUGUGUUAUACUGUCUCUUCCACUUAAUUUUACACCUGUCUUUAAUUGGUUACUUUUUAAAUGUGUUGUUGGGGAAAUUUAUUCAUAAAUUCAUAAAAUUGACCUGAUGUUAAUGAAGAUUGUCUCGUUAAACAGGUUUUAUAAAUUGAGUGAACAAUUGCUUGUUUCAGUUUGUGUCAUACUGAUUAAAUACAAUUAACAAUGUGCUGCAUUAUCUUCCAGCAUUCUUUGGUUUUCUUGUCUGUAAAAUAAGACUUUAUCCCCCGGUUUCACAGACAAGGCUUGAGACUAGUCCCAGACUAAAAUGUAAUUCUGAGCUGUUUCAACUGAAAUAAACUUGCACUGACUGAUCUUAAAAUAUAACAGUGCCUUUGUUUUGUCUCAAGAUGCACACCAGUAAUCUUUUUUCUAAGGCAUGUUAAUAAAAAUUACUUAAAUGUCCUAAUUGAACUAUGGCUUAAUCCUGGCUUAGUCUAAGCCCUGUCUGUGAAACCAGGCCUAAAUGUUAAAUUCAUAAGCUCAUAGAUUUAUAGGAUCAUAUUCUGAAUGUUGUGCUUGUUUGCUUUAUUUCUGGCAUCCCAGUUUAAUGCAUACUUUCUUUCUUUCUUUCUUUGGUGAUUAGCACACAAAAAAGUGUACUUGAAAAAGUUAUGAAAUGUGGCAAUUGAUAGGUCCUUAUCAGUUUUUCACCGUUGCAAAGUUUCUUAAACAUUGAGUAAUUAUGACUCAACAUGAUCAGGCAUGAGUUCACAUUAAGUAGAAUGUGGUGUAAUAUUGCAGUUUAUAAACCAACACAAACGUCUCCUGCAUUGUAAUAUUCAAAAGCUUAAAAAAAACAAAUCUUUCAAUAAAUUGCAAAGUACAUACAAACCCAGCAGGUGCAGCCAAUGUUUGACAAAGUUCUGUCAUGAAACUCCAGAUGGGGCAGGCUGAUGAGAUUUUUUCAUGUUUAUUGUUAUUGAAUAAGGCUGUAUCUUGGCAAUACGUUUGCAAAUUACAGUACAACUUGUAUUUGAGCUUUGAACAAUGCCCUAAAAGCCACUGUUACAUUUUAAAAUAAUACAUGAUAAAAAUAA